AUGAUCUACACGUCAGCGACUCGUGCUCUGUGGGCCAAGCCCAGCAGGCGCUACGUGUCGGCUGAGAACGUAUUCUUCUCGCGCUGGUGGAACCAACAGUCAAUCGAGGUCCAGACCAAGGUUCAAGAGAUGGUGGCGUCAGGACGGUUUCAGUUCGUGGGUGGCGGCUGGGUGCAGAACGACGAGGCGGUCACCCAUUACACGGCCAUCAUCGACCAGAUGACGCUGGGCCUGCGCUUCCUGAACGACACCUUCGGUCCCGACUGCGGAGUGCCCAGCGUAGCCUGGCAGGCCGACCCGUUCGGACACAGCAUCGCGCAGGCCGCACUAUUCGCCAGGAUGGGCUUCAGCAGCGCCAUGAUCGGCCGCGUAUCGUGGGAGACGAAAGCAAAGUGGCAGAAGGCGCGCACCAUGGAGUUCGUCUGGGAAACCGACAGCUCUCAACAGGGAAAGUGUCUUCUUUGCUCUACAGUGAAACUGAGCCCAAACACUCUCGUGGAUUACGCGAAAUCGCAGGCAAAAGUCUACACCAACGACACCGUGGCGGUGAUGUCCGGAUGCGACAUGUGCUUCAUGGAGGCCCACAAGCGAUUCAACAGGCAAGAGGAGGAGGUGAUCAGCGCUAGCGUGGCGUCGCUACUGAACUUGGCUGCGUCUGAUGCGGAAGACAGCGCGCGACAGCUACAUUUCUGCCACCUACUCAACCAGAGCGAGUGCAGCUACACUGAAACUCAGAGAGAGUUCUCCGUGAUCGUAUACAACCCUGCCAGCGUUCGAGUGUCGCCGUACGUGAGGUUGCCACUGGGGUCCAGUGACCGGUCCGGCAUCUCCGUCAUUGGGCCGGAUGGUGCGAGGCUCCAGAAUCAGGUUUUGCCUCUGGCCUCACACGGUCACGGCAUCCCGGAGAGCCUGAGCCACGCCAGGACGUCGCUGGUGUUCCGGGCCAAUAUUGAACCCCUGGGCGCGACCCUCUACAACGUGAACUACGAUACGCCGGACCAGGCGCCGACUCCGGAGCCGUACUUCGUCCUGCCCGACUUCCGAAGCAGCUUCAUUGAAAACGAGCGCUACCGCGUCGAGUUGGAUCCCAGGACGGGCCUCAUUUCCGCCGUCAUAUUGAAAGGAAAAGGCUUGGCGGUGCAACUUCGGCAGGCGCUCGCCGCCUACCUCAUCGAGGAACGAGCUCUUCCGUACCAGCAGCGCCCUGGCCAUUACGUGUUCACCGGGUACAGCGACGCUCACGAGAUCAGAACUCCUCCUAAUGUUAGCUUUGUCAACGGACCCCUGGUGCAAGAAAUUCACCAGACAUUCACCAAUUACGUCUCACAAGUGAUAACCCUGCAUAGAGACAGCCCCUUCAUCGAGUUCACCUGGACUGUUGGACCCCUGACGCAGCUAAUGCAGGACAUGGGAGGUGGUAACCUCUCGGGAUGUGACGUCAUCAGCAAGUUCGAGAGCAACCUGGAGAGCGACGGCUUCUACACGGACAGUAACGGUUGGAAGAACAUUCACAGGAAAUUGAUAUUUCAAGACGGCAAUUUGCCUAUCCCGGGCAACUAUCACCCAGUCGUCUCUUGGAUAUACAUUGAGGACCGAGCGAAGAACCUGCAGAUGAUGAUCCUGCCGGACAGGAGCCAGGGGGGAACCAGCAUGCGCAACGGCCACCUCGAACUCAUGUUACAUAGGCGCCACUCCACGAACGAUUAUUUGGGACUGCCAGAGACCAUUGAAGAAGACGGCGUCGAUGGCGAGGGCGUGGUGGCCAGAGGAACGCACAGGCUGUUCCUCGGCACGCCGUCCGAAGGUCGAGACUUGAUGCGGCUGCAGGCGCUGCAACUCGUGUACAGGCCCGUCAUCCUGGUAUCUCCUGGCGAGUGGGUCCCAAAGAAGGAAACGUUUUCCGCACUCCGGACACCACUCCCCAGCACUGUACACGUGCUGACCCUGGAGAGGCUAGGAGGGCUCCAAGUGUUGCUUCGCCUCGAGCAUCUGGCGGUGACCGAGAACACUGUAGAGGUCAACAUUACACGUUUGCUCGCAGGCUACCGACUGGAAGAUGUCAAGGCCGUCACCCUUGGCGCCAACCAGUAUCUGCCAGGCCCCACCUGUCACCAAUGGCCCACGCCAGGCGCGCAUUACGCUCACGGACGUGUUCCAGACCUCAAAAUCUCAACGCCUCAGACACACAUUUCGACGCAGACAGGCGACACCGUCGUGAAGCUCUCCCCGCGAGAAAUUGCUUCUUUCCUGGCCCUGCUAGUACCCGAAUAAAAGA